UUUUUUUUUUUGUUUUUUUUUUGGUGUUCGAGUUUCUUUGCUGUCGACCGCCGCCUCGCAUUUUCGUCGCGUUGUGCAUUGUUGCAAAACAAAACAAUCAUGUCGGUUAGUUGCAGCAGCAGCAACAGCAGCAGCAUUGCAGCCGUGUCCGCGUUGAUGGUCGACGGCAGGUUUAACGCGCCAAAGCCGCCUUCCGCCGAAAUGCUUGCCGAGCUGCGAGUCAAGCGCGAGCGCGACUUUGCAGGAGGCGACUCUCAGCACCCCGACUACGAGGAAGCCGAGGACCCACCCGACGACGCAGCUGCGGAUGAUGAUGGUGGUGAUGAUGGGGCGCGCGUUGCAGGCAAUAAUGGGAAGAGUGCUUGCACGCGAAAUCCCGCGCGUUUCAAAUCGUCACCGAGCUCCACUGUCCCGCUGUUCAAGCGCGACGUGGCUGUCGGUGCGUCAUCCCGUGCUCAUGCCAGCAGUCUGGCAGGCGAGUUUGCAGUGCCGCAUCCGCCUGCACCUCGGCAGCCACGCCAGCAGCAUCAAAUGGAUGUGAAACUGUUUGAUUCACGUCGUACGUCUGCCCUUCCUCCGCCGCAACCGCGCCAUGAAGUUGCCCAUUUCGCAACGCCAGAAGCCUAUGGAUGUCGUGUGUACAUUCGCAAAUUGCCAAUCGAGGCGACUGAGCAACUUCUCAAGACUCUGAUGCGAGAGUUUGGACCCGUCUACAGCGUCUAUCUGCAGCAAAGCAAGAAUGUUCCGGGACGAUUUCCAAGUCGGUGGUCGUCGAUAAACUGUUGUCGUUGUCGAUGGAGCACUCAUCUCACUUUCUUCCCUUCGAUGAUGUGCGCUGUCGCUGUAGAUAACGAAAUCAGUCAGUAUGGAACUGUGAGAUUCUACUUUCCAAGCGAUGCAGAACGCGCCGUGUACGCGCUCGAGCACCCGCGAGAAUGGCUGGCCAAUCGUCCGGCAGCAGAGUCUUGGAUGUACCAACUAUCUGCGGCGCUUGCGACCAAGAAUCUGCCAAAUCGUCAAUCGCUGCUCUCGUAUGCACGGUGCGUCGAGCUUGCCAACGCCAUGCUGGGCCCUGCUGGUUGGUCCAGCCGAGUGCUGAAGGUGGUUCGAGGCAAGCGAAAAGUCAACAGCAAGGGGCAAAGCUGCUUUGUGUUUCGGGCAACAGUGAGAGUCUUCUUCCACGCAACGCGCGAGUGGAUCGAUGGCCAUGGCGAGAUGGCGCGUGCCAUGCCCUCCGAUGCGGAUUACAACAGUGUGGGCUACUACUACAAGAACGCAGGGCAUGGCUGUGUCACUUGUGCCAUCAUGGAUGCGUUUGCUCAGGUGUCUAUUCUGCGCCGAUCAGACGGCUCGAUCACGCUGCUGCUGCAUCCUCAGCAAGUGAGGCAAAGUCUCUCCAUCCCUCCUGGUCCUCUGUCUGGAGCUGCAGCAGCUGGCAAUGCUGGCAAUGCUGGCAAUGGCAAUCCCGCGGUUGUUGUCGCCGCGGUGGACGAAAACCUUCUUUCCGCCUCGUCGUUGAAUCAACAGACUCCCCGGGCAGAACCAUCAUUACCAGACUCGCAGUCGUCAGUUAUCACGCAAGACACGUGGUCUUACUCGCAGCGCACAAGCAUCAAGGAAUCGCUUGGACUCGAUUUGGACGAGAGCGAGUUGGAGGAUUGCUUUGUCGGCACCAAUCCCUACGGUGACGAGGACGACGACGACGACGACGACGAAGAUGUGAUUGACGCCUGCUCUGCAUGCACCUGCAACGACGACCAACUGGGACAAAUGGCUGAGCACGAUGCGCUUGCCUACGACACCGACCGCAGCUUUGGCGGAGUGAGUUUGGACGUGAACGACGAAGAGUAUCCUGUGUAAAUCUGACUGUAUUCUCUAAAUUAUGUUGUAUUUAUCUGCGAGUUUUUGGUUUGCUGUCGUGGUUUGUCUUUUUGUGAUUGCGCUUUGUUCACCAGCCAAAAUUCUCGUUCAACCAAUG